AUGCAAGCUCUCAAGCUUUUCUCUAUCACUUCGGGUUUGGUACCUAAUAAUGCCAAAUCUGCAGUGUAUUGUAGUGGUAUGGAUGAAAAUGAAAUUAGAAGGGUGCUUGACAUGUCAGGGUUUACAAAGCAAAAUGAGCCUUUCAAGUAUCUUGGAGUGCCCAUCUGUGCUAGGAAGAUAUCGGCUUCUAACUGUAGCAGUCUGGUUCAGAAAAUGGUAACAAGAAUUAGGAUUUGGAGCUCGAGGCACCUGUCCUUUGCAGGGAGAUUAGUGCUGAUUAAAUCGGGUCUUCUCUCCAUACACAUCUAUUGGUGUCAGAUUAUGUUCCUCCUUAAGCAAAUCAUUAAGGAGCUUGAAGCAAUAUGUAGGAGCUUCUUAUGGACAGGGAAAAGCUUGAUGAACGGAGCUGGGGCUGUAGCUUGGGAAAAGGUGUGCUGCCCAAAGAAAACAGGGGGUUUGGGGCAGAUGUACAUUCCUCACUGGAAUGCAGCAGCUAUGGUGAAGCAUGUGUGGGCAAUAGAGAAAAAGAAGGACAAUUUGUGGGUGAAAUGGAUUCAUAGUGUGUAUAUCAAACAGGAAUCGUGGUGGGAUUAUAAAGUACCUUUGAAUGCAAGUUGGUAUUGGAGGAAAAUGGUUGAGCUUAAAGACAAAAUCAGAAAUUCUGCUCAACAAAGUGACUUCUCAGCACAUGAAUAUCAGAUCGGGGUGGGUCAAGCAUGGUUUGCUCAAGAGUUCGAAAAGGUAUCUUGGUGUAAUGAAGUGUGGUCUAGAUUGAAUACACCGAAACAUAGUUUUGUGCUAUGGUUAGCUAUGAUGAAUAGGCUCAAGACCAAAGAUAGGCUAUACAAACAUGGAGUGAUUGAAACUGAUAAUUGCAUACUAUGCAAUGCAGCUGUUGAGACAACAGACCAUCUAUUCUUUUGCUGUGUUUUUGCUACUGCUUCUCUUACACAGGUCUUGUGUUGGUUCAGCUGGAAUACAAGGGAGCCAUCCCUUCAAAGUCUCAUGAAGAAGGUGAGGAAGGCUAAAUGUACUAGGUUCAGGAAAAGGGUGCUGGCUGCUGGUUUAGCAGCCCUGGUGUACCUGAUAUGGCAGACCCGAAAUGAGCAUCAGUGGGGGGAAAAAAUCUGGUGUAGAUGA